AUGAAGCCAACAUUCCUCCUCAGCUGUCUCUUGGUCUUCAGUCUCUGCGUGCUAGCGGCUCUGGCGCAGUCGGACCGACCAGUGGUCACCACCAAGCCGGGUGGGUGUGAUCUCGCUCAGUGCGGCGGCGCUUGCAACGGCACCUCGACCUGCCCCGUGGCCACCAUAGCCGAGGGCGUGGCCCUCCUCCCCAGCGGCGGCGGCAUCGUGUCGCUCCUGGCUGGCACCUACACCGGCGAAGGCAAUGCUGACGUCACCCUGUCCAACGGCAACUUCCUCAUCUCCGCCCAGGCCUUUGGUAUCGUGUACCUGGACUGCGCUGGCCUGCCCGGCUUCACGGUCAACGGCGGCAGCGCCGACUUCUACGGCCUUAUCAUCACCAACUGCCGCCGCACCGACGGCAACGGCGGCGCCUUCUUGGUGCGCUACGCGAGCGUGACCCUGUCCAAGAUGCACGCCGAGUCCAACUCGGCCCAGCGCGGCGGCGUGCUCUACGUCGAGAGCGGCUCGGCCAGCGUGUCGCAGAUGUCGAUGGAAAAGAACAGCGCCGCAGAGGGCGGCGCCGGAUUCUUCGCCUUCCGCGCUCAGAUCACCACCCAGCUGGUGGCCGUCGAGGACUCAACGGCCGGCAGCGACGUCGGCUGCCAGCAGGGCACCAUCGACUUCAAGGGUCCCACCACGAUCGACACCAUCUCCUGCACCGACUGCGCCUGCCCCGCCGGAUCCACCACCCCCUAG